ACUGCCAGGCUGAGGACGGCGCCGCGCUCUGGGAACUACCACAAGUUGUUGAGGGGUGGAUUUACGCAGCGGGGACGCACGGCGCGGCGCGGCGCGGCACGGCACGGCCGGCCCGGGUCCACGGGAUGAAGCCUUUACCGACUCGGAGCCACUUCUGAGACACGAGCAGAGAGCGAAGGGUGGAGGACUCAUGCUGCGGCGCCGGGCUGCCUCUCCACACGGCGCGCUCUCCUCCGCGGGACGGGACAUGGCACGCGGCCGCAGCCGCGCGCUGCCGGGACGCUGCCUGCUCGCGGCGCUCUCCUGCUGCCUCCUCCUCGUCCUCCUCCUCCUCGUGCCCCGCUGCGGGGCCAACAUCACGGUGGCCGUGAUGCUCCCGGACAACCACCUCAAGUACCCGUGGGCGCUGCCGCGCGUCUUCCCGGCCAUCCUCAUGGCGCACGAGGACCUGCACGGGAAGCACCGGCUGCUGCUCGGCCGCUCCAUCAGCAUCCUCAACUACAGCACGGAGGACCCCGCGGCGGGCUCGUGCGCCGAGAGCCGCGCGCAGGUGGUGGCCGUGGACGCCAAGCUGUACCUCCACCCGGACGCCUUCAUCGGGCCCGGGUGCGUGUACCCGCUGGCCUCCGUCGGGCGCUUCGCGUCCCACUGGAAGCUGCCGCUCAUCACGGCCGGGGGUCCCGCGUACGGCUUCGACAAGCGCGACGAGUACCGGACCAUCGUGCGCAGCGGGCCGUCCACCACCAAGCUGGGGGACUUCGCCAACGCGCUGCACGCGCACUUCAACUGGACGUCGCGCGCCGUGGUCAUCUUCCACGACCUGCGGCAGGACGACCGGCCGCACUACUUCCUGUCCGAGGGGAUCUACCUCAACCUGAAGGAGGAGAUGAACAUCACGGUGGAGGCGCAGCCGUACGAGGACGACUCCAAGUUCUACAAGGAGCUGAUCGCCUUCAUGAAGGAGCGGGGCAGAAUCGUAUACAUCUGCGGGCCCCUGGAGACGUUCCUGGCCAUCAUGAAGCUGUUCCAGACUGAGAUUCAGGACCCUGAAAACUACGCCAUCUUUUAUCUGGAUGUUUUUGCUGAGAGCUUAACGGACCGCAAGCCGUGGAAGAGCCCCGAGUCGGACUGGGCCGACCCCAUCGAGGUCUUCAAGUCUGUGUUCGUCAUCACGUACCGACCUCCCGAUAACCCCGAGUACCUGGACUUCCAGAGGAGGCUCCACGCCAGGGCUCAGAGGGAGUUUGGCGUUCACUUGGAACCAUCGCUGAUGGACUACAUCGCCGGGAGCUUCUACGACGGCUUCGUCCUCUACGCCAUGGCCUUGCAGGAGACGCUGGCGGAGGGCGGCGCCCAGAAUGACGGCAUCAACAUCACAAUGAGGACGCAGAACCGCAACUUCUGGGGAGUGACGGGACUCGUUUCCACAGAUGACAAAAAUGCCCGAAACAUCGACGUGGACCUGUGGGCGAUGACCAACCAGGAGACGGGAGAAUACGGACUCAUCGCGUUCUACAACGGGACCACCAAGGAGAUCGUCUGGUCGCAGACGGAGAAGAUCCACUGGCCCAGCGGCGGUCCGCCUCUGGACAACCCCCCCUGCGUCUUCUCCACCGACGACCCCUCCUGCAACGACGGUCACCUGCCAGUUCUGGGGAUUGUGGCCGUGGGUUCCGGCUUGGCGCUCAUCAUCUUCGGCAUCUCCAGUUUCCUCAUUUACAGGAAACUGAAGCUGGAGAAGGAGCUGGCUGGGAUGCUGUGGAGGAUUCGCUGGGAGGAUCUUCAGUUCGAGAGCCCCAAUAAAUACCACAAGCGAGCGGGCAGUCGGCUCACCCUCUCACAGAGAGGCUCCAGCUACGGCUCCUUGAUAACUGCCCAUGGAAAAUAUCAGCUAUUUGCAAAAACGGGCUAUUUUAAGGGGAACCUGGUGGCCAUCAAGCACGUCAACAAGAAGCGGAUCGAGCUGACCAGACAGGUUUUACUGGAACUCAAGCAUAUGAGGGACGUUCAGUUCAACCAUCUAACCAGGUUCAUCGGGGCCUGCAUCGACCCGCCCAACAUCUGCAUCGUGACGGAGUACUGCCCCCGGGGCAGCCUGCAGGACAUUUUGGAGAACGAAAGCAUCAACCUGGACUGGAUGUUUCGCUAUUCACUGAUCAACGACAUCGUGAAGGGAAUGAACUAUCUCCACAACAGCUACUUUGGCUGCCAUGGAAAUCUGAAGUCAUCUAAUUGCGUGGUGGACAGUCGAUUUGUUUUGAAAAUUACGGAUUAUGGCUUGGCCAGUUUCCGCUCGUCCUGCGAAAACGACGACUCGCACGCACUCUAUGCAAAGAAGCUGUGGACGGCCCCGGAGCUGCUCAUCUACGACAGACACCCUCCUCAAGGCACCCAGAAGGGGGAUGUGUACAGUUUUGGCAUCAUUCUGCAGGAAAUAGCUCUGAGGAAUGGGCCCUUCUACGUGGAAGGCAUGGACCUCAGCCCCAAAGAGAUUGUGCAGAAGGUGAGGAACGGCCAGAAGCCGUACUUCCGCCCGACGACAGACAGCCGAUGCCACUCGGAGGAGCUGACCAUCCUGAUGGAGGGCUGCUGGGCCGAGGACCCGGCGGAGAGGGCCGACUUCAGCCACAUCAAGAUCUACAUGGCCAAACUCAACAAGGAGGGCAGCACCAGCAUCCUGAACAACCUGCUGUCCCGGAUGGCGCAGUACGCCAACAACCUGGAGAACCUGGUGGAGGAGCACCAGGCCUACCUGGAGGAGAAACGCAAAGCCGAGAACCUGCUCUACCAAAUCCUCCCGCACCUCGGUGCGGAGCAGCUGAAGCGAGGGGAGACGGUGCAGGCCGAGGCCUUCGACAGCGUCACCAUCUACUUCAGCGACAUCGUGGGCUUCACGUCCAUGUCCGCGAGAGCACGCCCUCUGCAGGUGGUGACGUUGCUCAACGACCUGUACACGUUCGACGCCAUCAUCGACAACUCUUCGACGUAUACAAGGUAGGUCAGGGUGGAACCCAUCGGCGACGCCUACAUGGUGGUGUCCGGGCUGCCGGUGCGCAACGGGAAGCUCCACGCCCGGGAGAUCGCCGGGAUGUCGCUGGCCCUGCUGGAGCAGGUGAAGACGUUCAAGAUCCGGCACCGACCCAACGACCAGCUGAGGCUCAGGAUAGGGAUUCACACAGGUCCUGUGUGUGCCGGUGUGGUGGCUUGAAAAUGCCAGGUACUGUUUGUUGGAGACACGGUCCACACGGCGUCCCGGAUGGAGUCCAACGGCGAGGCCUUAAAGAUCCACUUAUCCUCGGCCACCAAGGAGGUGCUGGACGAGUUCGGAUACUGCGAUAUCCAGUUACGGGGAGACGUAGAAAUGAAGGGAAAAGGCAAAAUGAGAACGUAUUGCUUCUUGGGGAGAGACGACGUGUACGUCAUCUGAGAGGCCUGCCGGCGGCGGCGGCGGCGGCGAUUAGAGAGAACCACAGCAGAAGCUCUCCAGUGGCUGAGCCACUACUUAUUUGUUCUAGAAUAAGUCCUUAAUGGUGAUUUUUCCCUGAGCGAAUCCCAUCCGACAACAACAGAGGGAAUUCCAGGUAUAUUUAUUACCUGCAAACUUGUAACUGCAAAAAAAAAAAAAAAAAAAAAAAAAAAGAGAGAGAGCGAGAGAGAGAGAGAAGAAAAACAGACAAAAAAACUUGUUUUUU